CCACAAGUUCACCUUUAUCUUGGCCUAGAGAUUUAACAUCAGCCUGUCCUUCCUUUCGUCCCAAAAGCUCUGAUUUCUCUUCACUUUGGACCAAGGACUUCUGAUCUUUACUUGGACACUCAAAAGCAUGAUGACCAAUCUUUCGUGAGUGGAAGCAAUGGGGUUUCUUUGGAAUAGAUGGACAGAUUUUUGGUGUGGGUAUGACCAUGGAUUUUGGUGGAGGGCCUAUGGUUUUAACAGGGUUCUGAACUGUGGGGAUGGGAGAGGCUUUGAGGGUGUUUUGGGAGGGUAAAGGGAUGGUUUCAGUUGGUUUUUCAAGUGGGGGUGUAGGGGUAGGUGUGGGAAUGGUUAGGGCCGUUUGAGGGGGAAUUAUAGGCAUGGUUAUAUGCAAGUUUGGAGGCAGGGGUGUGAAGAGGGUUUUGGGGCUUGUUUGGACAGUGGCCAGGGAUGAAAUAUAAAUGGGUUUUGAGGUAUUUUGGGGCAGGGUUGUGGUAAGGGGUGUUGGGUUAGUUUGGGCAGUGGCUAGGAAAGGUAAAGAGGUUUGAGUAGGAAUUUUGGGUAGGUGUGAGGGAGUUGGGUGAGAGAUGCUUUGGACAGCAUGGAUGCAAGGUAAAGAGGGAACUUUAGAGGGAGUUUGAGUGUUGAAGAUGGUGGGGGCUUCGGGAAUGAUUUGGGUUGCAUGAGAGUUCUGUGAGGACCGGGAUUUAGAGGAGGUUAAGGUUGUGGGAGAGAGGGCAAUAUGGAACGGAUUUUGUUGUGGAGAAGGUGGGAUGAGUGUAGAAAGAGUAUGGGGUGAAAAAGGGAGAGUAUGUUCAAGUACCUGGUGGAGAUGAUCUUUGGAAGAAAAUCUCUCAAUUAAGAGUUUUCUUAACUUUUCCCAAGUUCUCACCUUCGCUUUUCCUUGGAGCUUUCGUUUUGAAGCAACGCUAGCCCACCAAGUAGAGGCAUGUCUUUGAAACUUAGUCACCACUAGCUUGACCUUCUUGUCUUCGGGCACGUCUUUGAGUGUAAAGACGUCUUCAACUUUUGCUAACCACUUUGAGAACUUCUCCUGGUCAUUUCUUCCUUCAAACGUGGGAAUCUCCACUGAAUUAGUGAGCUCCUUGACUUGUUUCAUCAUAAGCUCAACUUCCUUCUUUAACUUUUCUUGGGCAGCAACUACAUCAUAAUGAGACAUAUCUCGGAUGAUGUGAGAAAUGUUUCAAAAGAGAAAAUGUAGGAGAUGGUGUUUUGGCCCCUUGAGGGAUGUGGAACAACAAGCUCUGAUACCAAAUGUUAUAUCUCAGCUCCGAGUGUAACGGUAUUAAGCUCGGAUUUAAGGAACAAGCUCCUUCUUUUGCUGGAUGGGUUAAUAGUCGAUUAUCAGUAUGGUGAUAAUCGAUUAUAUAGGACUGCAGGAGUUUCCCUUGAUGUAUGAUAAUCGAUUGUCCAAGUAGGAUAAUCGAUUGUCAAGUGAUUCAGUUUCUCAGGAGGAGCUUCAGAAGUUUAUGAGAAAUAAACAAUCGAUUUACAAGAAGUGAUAAUCGAUUAUGGAAGGCUGCAGAUUUUCUGGGAAUGAGUGAUAGUCGAUUAUCUUAAAUGGAUAAUCGAUUAUUACUACCUGCAGAUGUUUCUAAUGGAACUGAUAAUCGAUUGUGGGGAGUGAUAAUCGAUUGUUUGGCAGUGAUUCUGGACAGGAAUAAAGGCGUUUUUACGGGGAAUGGCUUGGAGAAAUUAUGAUGAUUUCAACGAGUACUUUUGGUCACUUAAUUGCUUUGAACUUAGUUGGCCAUGGAGAAUAUCUUCACCCUUCUUUCUGAAGCCGACACCAAGAUCAAAGAUGAAUGUUGCUACAUGUGUUGUGGCUACGACCUAUGGUCAUGUGUAUAUCGAGUGCCCAAUGGGGGAACCUAUUCCAUUUUAAGAGUACCUGAAGUAGACCCACAAUCAAGGAGAGGCAUAGUGCUAAGGGUUGAGAGAGUAUAUGACGAGAUUCAGAGAAGCAUAGCUAAUAGGAGCAUACUUGUUGAUAUUGAAUUGAAUAAGCUACCACUAAGGAUUCAGAAAGUUACUGCACUGUUGGGAAUACUGGAAGCUAGACACAAUGAUAAUGGGCGGGCACCUCAUUCAGCUUGGAGAAAUUAUGAUGAUUUCAACGAGUACUUUUGGUCACUUAAUUGCUUUGAACUUAGUUGGCCAUGGAGAAUAACUUCACCCUUCUUUCUGAAGCCGACACCAAGAUCAAAGAUGAAUGUUGUUACAUGUGUUGUGGCUACGACCUAUGGUCAUGUGUAUAUCGAGUGCCCAGUGGGGGAACCUAUUCCAUUUUAAGAGUACCUGAAGUAGACCCACAAUCAAGGAGAGGCAUAGUGCUAAGGUGGAUGAUUAACUGAGGCUUUUCGGUGUUUUCUACAACAAUGUAUGCCAGUAAGUUUGCUCUUCCCUGUAGAGUGAUUGUGAUACUUAUAUUCAUGUGAUCAUGUCUUAAGGGACAUAAAACAGGCACC